AUGGCAAACGUUUCAUCAUUUGAUACUAAUGAUAAUAAUUCUGAAAUAAUUUAUGGUUCCGGAAUUGUACGUAAAUUAAAAGAAAAAUUUUCGCAACUUUCUACUAAUCAAAUCACAUUAAAUUAUCAGAGUUCCUUAAAAGUCGAAAAAUAUCCUCCAUCCAAUAAAAGAAAUAUAUUCAGCAAAUAUCAUGGACAAAAAGUUUGGCCAAAUAAUAUUUCGAGAAACAAUGAAACCUUCAUUAGGGGUAAUAAUAAAGAAAAGAAAUCAAGAAAUGGUCGUUCGCGUUCGGCUGAACCAGAAAUUAAUCGCAAUAAAAUUGAACCUGAAUUUAUGGAAAUUUAUCGAAAAUUUAUUGAACGUUCGCAAAGUGCAUUUCAGAAUACAAUAGCGGAUGAAAAAGGAAUAUUGACAACAAUUUGUACGAAAAAAAAUAAUUUAUUGAAAAAAUCUCCUACACUAGAAUUAUCAGAGAGUGAUAAUUCUUCUGCCUCUUUUAAUGUGGAAUCUGCUUGUGCCACUCACCAGCCUUAUUCUGAUGUGCAGCACAUUGAAUUAAACGACGAAUCUAGAAUAAAUAACCAAUUUGAAGAAAAUAUUUCAUUCGAUUUAAUACAAAAUGAAAAAUCAUCUAAUAAUCAGUCGGAAUUAUUAAUAUCAUCAAAUAAAGAAUUCGCAAUAAUGGAGCGAGUUUUAUCGAAUAUUCAAUCUGAGAAAAUGGAAAGCUCAACAAAUAACGUUGAAAUGUCAUCUCAGAAAAGUCAUCAGUAUAUUUCAAAUUUUUCCAAUAAUUCAAAGCGAAAGAGUCUAACUUCGUUGUUUCUUGAACGUAAACAACAAUUUAAUGCUAAUGAGCAUUAUAUAAAUGAAAACAAUAAUGCCAAUAAUAGGAAUUUACGGUCUAACGACGAAAUUAUUCUUAGACAUUCAUUAAUCAAUUUGGUUAUGGAAGAAGAUAUUCCUAUAUUAAUGGAAACAAUGUCCGAAGAGGUCGAAUUUGAAUCUGAAGAUUUUAUGCCAACUAAACCAAAUAAUUUGAAUGGAAUUAUCCGUCAAACAUCAAAAAAUAAAGGGAAUCGUAGGGAAUGUCAAUUUGGUUUUUCUUCGGAUCCGCCAAAUGUUUUUACAUAUAUUGACGAAAUUACAGCAAUUAAUGAAAAUCAGUGGAAGCCUGGUGAAGAAAUUUCGUUCGAUGAUUAUCGCAAAUUGUGUGAAGAGAAGAGAGAAAAAAGAAAAGGAGAGAAUUUCGAAAUAUAUAAAUGGAGAACUAUGCCCUAUAAAUUUUCUGAUUCCGAAUUGUUUUGUAAUGCAUCUAUGAAGCAACUGUCAGCAAACGAUCUCUCUAAAGGUGUUACAAGUCUUAUUUGUUAUAUUCCUUCUUAUGAUAUGGCUUUUAAUGAUAUUAUCACGGUUAAAGAUUAA